AUGCAAUUCUGGGUUGGCUGGGAGCUAUGGGAAAAACUGAGUGUGGCACUCGUCCUCGUAUACGCCUACUGUUCCCUCGUGUACACCAGAUGGAAGAUACAGAGAUAUGCAGUAAUCGAGGCACGCCAAAAAGAAGAAGACGCUGAGCUAUUCCCGAUGCUGAAGAGAGACGAUAUCCCCUUUGGUGCGAGGGCCCUGGAGAGAGGUAUUCAGAUCGAGGGCAUCUGGGUAUCAAACCCCAAUACCCCGGCCCAGUCCCCGCAGUUACCAGGGACGCCCUUUGAAGCUUUACCACCGAGCCCAACUGUAAGACCAUCCAUGCUGCCAUCCCCGAGCUCAACUUCGUCGUCCAUAGCCCUUGACUGCGUCGUACCGAACCAGAGCUUCCCGACAUAUCGCCCAUCUCCGCCGCAGUCACUUCGGCCAGUAUACCAGGCACAUCAUCCAGGAAUUGACAUUGUCACCGCAACCAAAUACACAUACGAGCCACAGAGACCUGGUGGUAUCUACUCACCGGUGAUGACAUCCCAGACGCCCGAAUCGCCUAGUAGACAUAGCAGGUUCCAACGACGAAGCGAGAUCCUACCGAGCGUCGAAACCAGCCGAUUCCAGCGCCGAAGCGAAGUCAUUCCAAUUAUUCCCACCAGCGAAAAGCGCGCAAGUUUCCACACCCGUAUCCGCCGAGCAAGUCAUAUAUUUGAGAAGAGUCCCUCUGUUGGGGUCACAGAGCAUGAGAGAAUAGAGCUGGGUUCAACGAGCAAUGGUUCUGGUUCGCAGCCAGACGAGUCCCAUCGGACUUCUCGGAUAGCCCGACUCAUUCGUCGCCGUUCCUCGGAAGAGUUCAGACGCAGAAUGAGCAAGAUCUUCAACGAACAAAUUCACAUGAAUGUGCCACUUGAACAGCUUCAACUAAGCCCAGUGAUACGGGACCAGCAGCGGAAGAGAGGAUCAAUUCUAUGGCCCUUCGGGGCGAUUAUGCCGAGGAUGGACUUCCAGGUCCUGGGAACUGCGGGCUUGACUGCAAGAGAUAUCAAGCUGUUUGUCGAUGCGGGAUACCACACUGUUGAAUCGGUUGCUUACACACCAAAGCGAGUACUGGAGCAGAUUAAGGGAAUUUCAGAGCAGAAGGCGACAAAAGUUCUAGUUGAGGCCGCGAGACUUGUCCCCAUGGGAUUUACAACGGCGACUGAAAUGCACGCAAAGAGAAGUGAACUCAUCUCCAUAACCACCGGAUCCAAACGACUCGACACCCUGCUCGGCGGUGGAAUCGAAACGGGCUCGAUCACAGAAGUAUUUGGAGAGUUCCGUACAGGAAAGAGUCAGAUCUGUCACACCUUGGCCGUGACUUGCCAACUGCCCUUUGACAUGGGCGGCGGCGAAGGAAAAUGCCUCUACAUCGACACGGAGGGAACCUUUCGACCGGUCCGUCUUCUCGCCGUAGCCCAACGCUUCGGACUCGUGGGCGAGGAAGUUCUCGACAACGUCGCAUACGCUCGUGCAUACAACUCCGACCACCAGCUCCAACUGCUCAAUCAAGCCUCACAGAUGAUGUGCGAGACGCGCUUCUCGCUUCUCAUCGUCGACUCCGCGACCGCACUGUACCGAACCGAUUUCAAUGGCCGUGGUGAGCUCUCGUCACGACAAACCCAUCUGGCCAAGUUCCUGCGCACCUUGCAGCGCCUAGCUGACGAGUUUGGCGUUGCCGUUGUGAUUUCCAACCAGGUUGUUGCUCAGGUCGAUGGUGGACCUAGUGCUAUGUUCAAUCCGGACCCGAAGAAGCCCAUUGGUGGUAAUAUCAUUGCCCAUGCUAGUACGACCCGACUCAGUCUGAAGAAGGGCCGUGGUGAGACUCGAAUUUGCAAGAUUUAUGACAGCCCUUGUUUGCCUGAGAGUGAUUGUCUCUUCGCGAUCAAUGAGGAUGGAAUUGGAGAUCCCAACGAGAAGGAUAUGGAGGACUAA